CUAACACAGACCCUCAUGAUGACUGUAGAAGAAAUCUCGACAAGUCUUAUCAUGUGGUUUUUCUACCCCUUGAUUCCAUGUUUGCUUAUAGAUGGAGCUGCUAUUCUUCCUGCUCCUCAGAACCUGUCUGUACAAUCAACCAAUAUGAAGCACCUCUUGAUAUGGAGCCCAGUGGCCAUGCCUGAAGAAAUAAUACACUAUUCUGUUGAGUACCAGGGAGAGUAUGAGAGCCUGUACAUGAGCCACGUCUGGAUCCCCAGCAGCAGGUGCUCACCUACCAAAGUUCCUGAAUGUGAUGUUACUGAUGACAUCACUGCCACCGUGCCAUACAACCUCCGUGUCAGGGCCACCCUAGGCUCACAGGACUCAGCCUGGAGCAUGCUGAAGCACCCCUUUAAUCGAAACUCAACUAUUCUAACCCCACCUAGAAUGGAGGUCAUCAAGGAUGGCUUACACCUGGUUAUUAAGCUGGAAGACUUGGGGCCCCAGCUUGAGUUCCUCGUGGCCUACUGGAGGAGGGAGCCUGGUGCUAAGGAACAUGUCAAAAGAGUGAGGAGCAGGGGCAUUCCAGUGCACCUGGAAACCAGGGAGCCCGGGGAGUACUGUGUGAAGGCCCAGACAUUCGUGAAGGCCAUCGGGAGGCACAGCACCUUCAGCCAGGCAGAAUGUAUCAAGGUGCAAGAAGAGCCCCUGCCCCUGGAGCUGGCCCUGUUUGCAUUUGCCGGCUUCAUGCUGAUCCUUGUGGUUCUGCUGUUCUCCAUCUGGAAGAUGGGCCGUCUGCUCCGGUACUCCUGCUGCCCCGCAGUGGUGCUGCCUGACACCUUGAAAAUCACCACCUCACCCCAGAAGUUAAUCAGCUGCAGAAAGGAAGAGGUGGAUGCCUGUGCCACGACCGUGCUGCCUCCUGAGGAACUCUUCAGGACCUGGAUCUAG